AUGCCAUCCAAAGGUCAGGGGAACCUGGGACAGGCCAUUCAGGAGAAUCUCUGGAAGCGGGUAUUGUGGGGCCUUCCACUAUUCAGCCUGGUGUGUAUCGGAGCCAGUGCAGUCGGAUCUACGAUACUGAACAUCAGGCCUCACAUGGAAGCGAUAUUAGAGCAGGGAUUCUGGACUGGUAGCACUGGAGAAAUUUUCAGUAUCCACAAGUCGUUCUACAAGCUUCAGUUUCUGGAUGAUAUCUUCCAACCUAUUAUCAUGUGUUUCCUGCCCUCAUUUACAGGGACAGAUGCGCAUUCGUGGACCCAGAUGUUCAGCUUCAUCCCGGAAUUUGGUGCUGUAUAUGGUAUUUGGUUACUGGAAGGGUAUCGCAAGGUACAUUCGCGGCCUGGAGUAUUAUUUCCAAUCAUCAUGGGGCAAGCAGCCCAACUGCUGUCGGUUGCUGUGUUCGGCCCACUAUAUUACUUCCUGCAAUACCUUCAACUCUCGCUCCACGAAACAGUACAAAGCAACAACCGGGAGAUAGACCCAACAUGCGUAUACACCCUUCUCGCAGCUCUAGCUGCAGCCCACUAUGUCCCCGCAUACGCCAGCUUUCUCGUCCCAGAUCUCCAAGAAAGACAAUGGUGGAACGCAGUAUGGCAAAUAUUCCCUCUAACAGUUCCCCUUCUCCAACUCCCGUUAUCGUUCUUUCUAGGGCAGAAGCUUGAUCCAGACGCAACAUCUGUCCCAGCUCGCGCAGAAAAUAGGAAGAGGAGCCUAGCUGUGAUCCGCGUGGCGUAUUUCUCGUUAGCUGUGAUUUCGGCCGUGGGAUUCAUCUAUGCACGUGCUAAAGCACCGGUGGGGUCUUCAAUGUUGGUCAUUUUCUUGCCGAAUGUGAGGGGGUAUGUGUUGGGUGAUGCUUCUUUUGAGGAGGGCAUGGCGAGAUUCAUGCAGUAUGAUCAGACCAGUUCGAUGACAGCGGGAUUCAUGUGGCUUGGUUUGCGCUUGCGGGAGCUGAAGCGAUCUGGCGUUGGGUUCUCUUGGAUAAGGGUUGUUAGUGCCUUAGUAGGAAUUACCUGUGUCUUUGGGCCAGGGACUGCGUUCGUGCUUGGAUGGGGGUGGAAAGAGGAGUUGCUUCACAGAUUGGGAGCCUGA